AUGCUAGAUAAAUCUAGACCUUGUACAAUAUCGCAAGAUAGUAAUUCAAGACGUUCGAAUAUCAGUUUGUCCUAUGGGACAUACAGUAUUCUAAUAAUUAUUUCAACUCUUGUUUAUACAAUUUGUCUAUUUUCAUCUGAAAUAUGGUUUACAAUAAAACAAAAUACUCGUAAUGAAACGAUUGUUUAUUUUCAAUCGAAAACUAUUUGUCUCAAACAUAACGAUAAUAAAUUUUGUAUUGAACCCUAUCUGCCAAUAAAUCAAUGUGAUGAAUCUGAUAUAAUUUCAUGGACAAUUCGUUGUUCUACAAAAUAUUUUAUUUUAGCCAAUCAAACAUCACUAAAUAUCUGUGAUUGUUUUCAAAUUCCAUUAACAAAUCUAACCUAUCGAAAUAAUACUUUCAUAUUCAUUCUUCUUAUACUAACAAGUCUCAUAACGCUCAGUAAAUUUUGUUCACCAAAAGAAUGUAUUCUGAAUCAUAUAAAUAAAUAUCUUCUUUUUAUUUUUCUUAUUACAAUAAUUGGUUUUGAAAUUCAUUUCAUUUAUAUUAUAUUCAAUGAUAAACGAUCAAUUGAAAAAUUGUAUAAAAAUUAUUUUUCGAUGAUUCAAACAAAUUUAAGUAUAUUUUAUUCAUUUCAAAUAUUUAUAAUGAUUAUUCAUCUUAUUUCAAUAAUAAUACUCAUCAGCAAUUGA